AUGAUAUAUAAAAGACACGCUAAAUGAUUUGGGAUAAUGCGGCAUAUUUACAGCGCUUUUUUGUAGUUAUCUCAGGAGGAAGGCGUAGUUUCGGUCUUUACUUCUGUUUUUGUUUCUUUCACUGGAACUGCGCGUUUUCGAUCUUUUCACACAGAGAGAAGCAGAAGGACCAGUCAUCAGCAAUGGCAUCUCUUAGCAGCUCUAACACAGCCUUUGCCUUGGAGCUGUACCACACUCUGGGUCAGACCAACACAGGGAAUAUCUUCAUCUCCCCAUUCAGUAUCAGCUCAGCUCUGGCCAUGGUCUACCUGGGGGCUAAAAGAGACACAGCUGCUCAGAUGGCAAAGGCUCUCUCAUUCAACUUCACCAAAGACAUUCACACAGAUUUCCAGACACUCAAUGCAGAUAUCAACUCUCCCUCUGCAACUUACAUCCUGAAACUGGCCAACCGUCUGUAUGGAGAGAAGACCUGCAACUUCCUGACCGAGUUCUUAGAAUCCACCCAGAAGUUCUACCAUGCAGAUAUGAAGGCAGUAGACUUCCUCGGAGCAGCAGAGGAGACCAGAGGACAGAUCAACAGCUGGGUGGAGCAGCAGACGGAAAAUAAAAUCAAAGAUCUGCUGAAGCAAGGGACAGUCAGUGGUUUGACAAGGCUGGCUCUAGUCAAUGCCAUCUACUUCAAAGGAAACUGGUUGAACAGAUUUGACCAGAAAGACACCAAAGAGAUGACCUUCAAAAUAAACCAGAGUGAGAGCAAGCCAGUUCAGAUGAUGCACCAGAUAAAGAAGUUCCCCUUUAACUAUGUCCCAGACUAUAACCUCCAGAUCGUGGAGCUUCCCUAUGUGGACGAGGAGCUCAGUAUGUUUGUCCUGCUGCCUGAGGAGGCCACUGACGGAUCUGAUCCUCUAGUGAAGCUGGAGAGCGAGCUGACCAUGGAGAAACUGGACGAGUGGACCACCAGAUCCAACAUGGACACAGGCACGGACAUCAUAGUUUAUCUGCCCAAGUUCAAACUGGAGGAGGACUACGAGCUGAAUGAUCCCCUGGUCCAGAUGGGCAUGAAGGAUGUGUUUGUCGGGGGCAUGGCCGACCUGUCUGGGAUGAAUGGGAAGGGGGGGCUCUUCCUGUCUACGGUGGCCCAUAAGGCCUUUGUGGAGGUGAACGAGGAGGGGACGGAGGCUGCAGCUGCCACUGCUGGGAUGAUAGCGUUCUGUAUGUUCAGAGAGGAACACUUCACGGCUGAUCACCCCUUCCUCUUCUUCAUCAGGCACAAUAAGACCAAAAGCAUCCUCUUCCUUGGGAGGUUCUCCUCUCCUCAGUAGAAUAGUAGUUAAAACUAGUAGAGAGGAUUUAACAUCAUUUACAACAAUUAUUUGACAGGGGCAUUUAACAUCAAUAAACAUUUCUGUAAAUGUGCCAGAUUUAGCCAGGUAGCUAGUUCCAUUAGCACCUGAUUUAAUCCACUAUAAAACCAAAUAAAGGAGAAUGUCUAAAUGA